CUGCAUCGAAUACCGUGCUCUCAACAUGGCAACGGAACUGUGCUCAAAAGAUGGCAUACUUAUUCGCGUUAUGACAGUGUCGGACUACAAGCAAGUGAAGAUCUUCAUGGGCGGCAAUUUCUAUAACGGAGAGCCACUCUGUGCCUCUUCUGGAGAGGAUGUGCAAAAAUGCUAUGAGAAGGAGAACGAUGAGUACCACAUCUCUAUGAUUGAGCAGGGCACCUGCUUAUUGGCCACUGAGGAGAAGACUGGACGCAUUGUCGGCUUGGUUCUUGCGGGUGCACAAUUCCCCAGCUGCUUGGAGAAGCAUCGCAAAGAGGCCGCAGCAAUGGAGCCGAACACCUGGGGACUCAUUGCGGUGUUCCUAUCCAAAGUCGAAAUCAAAGUGAAUCUCUUUGAGCGUUACGCCAUCUCUAAACUUCUCUACUCACAUAUAACCAAUGUGGAUGCCUCGAUGCGUGGCAAAGGGCUGGGCUCACGUCUAGCUGCCGCCCUUAUGGAAGUGGGUCGGACCAAGGGAUUUCCCCUGAUGAUCGCCUACUGCUCCAGCUUCUAUUCGGCCCGUCAGAAGGAGGCAUUGGGCAUGGAGUGCAUCUAUGAGCAGGCAUAUGCGGACUAUAAGGAUGACAGUGGCAAAGUAGUGUUCAAGCCACCUGCACCACAUACCCACUUGCGCGUUAUGGUCAUUAAGCUGUAAGCUUUUGAUUAUAUGUUAUGUUAUCGAGCUCUUAAGUGAUAAUGAUAUACCUGUUGAAAAUGUGUCUGGAUUGUUGGUCUACCAGGAAAUAGAACCAGUUAUUAUGUCAGCUACUUUUUUGAAAGAUUGGCCGAUUUGAAGGUUAAAAAAAUGCUAUGAAGGCUCGACUGUUGGUGUUCUUAAAAACUGUAGUGCAAUGUAGAUAUCAAAAUUAAUUAAUAUAUACAUAAAUUAAUAGUGAACGCUAAUCAUCUAAUGCAUUAUUCAAAGCUAUCAAACAAUUAAAUAAUUAAUGAAUGAGCUUUUUAAUAAUAUAAUUACAUAUAUAAUACGUAAUCAAAGUGCAAAUCAAAGUGUAAGAGCAAUUGAAAUCAAUUUGUUCCAUUAUUACGUAGGCAAGCAUUAUUAUUAAUUUUAAUAAAUAGUUGGAUUAUUGAUGACGUAAACUAAA